CAAAUUACAACAUGGAGCAGUCCUCAAGAACCUGUCAAACUAGUUAGCAGCCCAUUGUUUAUGUAGAGAUUACAUCAUUCCUGUAACAAAAACAAUAAAAAAAACUCACCUCAAAUCGUACACAUAAAGGAGGGAGAAAGAAAUAGUGUGAUAUAAGGUACUCUGGUUCUAAAAGUCAGAAGCUUUAUGUGACAAUGCCAGUUCAACACACUUGAAGUGCAUCUUAUCACUCCCCUUUGAUUCUCCACCCAACAGGCGGCCGCUCGGCAUCUGUAUGUGAGCGGAUCAGGGCAGAGCUCAGUGCGGGGAAACAGCAGCAGCCUGAGCGCCACUGUCAACAACACCGGCUCUAGACCACGGACUCAAAAAGUUGAUCCAGCAUUUUGUCGGUGAUUCAGGCCACGCUUGGGACAUGCCGGAACACGAGGGGACUCGUCGGUCACCGCAAGGUGUCCCCUACACCGACCUGCCGCACAUCGUCAACGCCGACGGACUGCACUUGUUCUGCCGUUGCUGGGAGCCCGACAGUCCACCGAAGGCACUGGUGAUUGUUGUCCAUGGAGCAGCAGAGCAUUGUGGGGGAUAUGCUGACAUUGCUCACAGUCUGAUCCAACAUGGCAUGCUGGUGUUCGCCCACGAUCACGUUGGUCAUGGUCAGAGUGAAGGUGAGAGAAUGAAUAUCAAAAACUUCCAGAUUUAUAUCAGAGACUGCCUUCAGCACAUUGAUAUCAUGAAGGCGCAGUAUCCCAAUCUGCCAGUCUACAUCAUUGGCCACUCAAUGGGAGGAGCGAUUUCCAUUCUUACUGCAUGUGAGAGACCCCAGGAUUUUGCAGGUGUGGUUCUCAUUGCGCCAUUGGUUCAAAUGAAUGCUGAAUCUGCUACACCCUUCAAGAUUUUCAUGGCUAAAAUUCUAAACCGCUUGGCUCCCAAACUCUCUCUCGGCUCUAUUGAAUCCAAAUUGGUCUCACGGGAUCCCAAACAGGUGGAGGCAUAUGAUGCCGAUGAGCUAAAUUAUCACGGAGGGCUGCGCAUAUCGUUUGGAAUGCAGCUGAUGGAUGCGGUGGCUCAAAUCGAGAGAGAAAUACCUAACAUCACAUGGCCCUUCUUUAUUCUCCAUGGUGACGAAGACAAGCUUUGUGACAUCAGAGGCACUCAUCUAAUGUAUAAUGAGGCCAAGAGCACUGAUAAAAAACUGAAGGUGUAUGAAGGAGCUUACCACGCCCUACAUCAUGAAUUACCUGACACAACUGAGUCUGUCUUAAAGGAGAUAGGCACCUGGAUCCUGGAGAGACUUUCCACCACUAAUAAGCCUUAGCUGUCAAUCAUCACAUCAGCCCUUGCCUAAGCCCCACCCUGUUUCUAAUGUUUCAAUCUCUACUUAUAAAGAGAUGUCUAACUGCACUACAUGCCAACAAAACUACUCAUUAGGAUUUAUCUAGGAGACAUAAGUGGUCCUUGGUAAGUGAUCUCUGACCUUAAGGUCCCAUAAAAUUGCCAAGUCACAAAAAUUUGCCAAUAAAGUGGUUCUGGGGGAAUUUGUGUUUUAAGACUGUGACCCAUUCUUCAAAGGCAUCAGCACUGCAGGGUUUGGUUCAUGUGUUACCAUAGUAAUUGACAUGAGGAAUAUAACUAACUCAGCUGCCCUAGGCUCUAAGCUGGUUUUUGUUGCCACAGUAAUAAAUCACAGCUGCAAUUUGCUCUUUGUGUUGUCCAGUGCUCAUUUGAAAUGCAGUGCUGCCCCUGCUGGAUAACAGCAAUAUUGCAUUCUGCUUUGAGUUCAGUUACCAAGGCAACUCAAAGAUUUAUUACCUAUGAUUUGGCAGAGAAACAAACUGAACCUAUAGAAAGAAAACAUAAUAAUGCACAGAGUGGUUUAGCGAGAUCAAAAUGGGCAAGAUUAAUGCUGGAGUUUGUAAAAAAUAAUUUAUGUUAAAAUACUUUAGAACGUCCCAGAUUAAUAUGCAGUGAAAACUAUAAGUAAACCAUUUGUCAGUUGAUUCUCCAGUAACAUGUUAACACUGUGGCUCCGUGGGGCAAUCAAAACAUUGCUGUUUGUUUGAGCAUUCGACCAGCCUGACAGCAAAUAUUUGCUUGACCAAUGCCAUGUCUUUGGGGCUGGACUAUCUGUUUGUCUGAUUAAUGUUAAAUGGGUUGAGUAUUAUAAUUAUUAUACAUUUUUUAUAAAUCCGUUUGGUGAUGCUAGUGCUGCAGGAAUUACUCUCUUCCCCUUUAACACUGAACUCUAAGAAAAUCAUUAACAGACUCUCUAACUCAAUCAGAUCUCUAACUCACACAACUAUGCAGGAGAUCAUACAGAUUCCCACAUCUAGUGAUAUUCACAUACAGGAGAAUUUGAAAAAGGUUCAGCUCAACUGACAAGUGUUUUUUUUUCUAUUAUAAACUUUUAUGAGAUUCUAUUUGUGACUUGACUGUUUCAUUACAAUAGACUGUUCCAUUCCUUAGAGAAAACAGGAGAAAUGCCUUGCUCUGCAUUUUGAUGUUAAUUUGAAGAAUAUGAAAUCUAUUUACAGCUGAUACUUUCUUUUGGGUUCUGGAAAUGUAAUAUCCCAUUCUUUGUUUUAGCAAUGUUUGGUUUGUUUGAAUACUCUAUGACUUGCCAUGUUACUGUUAAAAUUAUACUAUGUACGCAAUAGAUUUUGACCUCAUUGUAGACCUCAGGGUUAGAUAGAGAUCAGCCUGGGUGCUCACAGGGUUUGUAGCUCUAAAAAACAUUAAAUUGUAAAAGGUCAGUCUUUCACACCAGCUUAACAUUCAAUGCACCUCAGAACUGUUCUGAUUCAGACAAAGGGGAGUUUGUUGUGGAGAUUUGCCUUUAAUCCUCAGAGGCAUUUUAUCAAUGAAUGUGAAUUAAGAUUUUUUUCUGUUACUGAUUGUGGCACAUUUUUAAUGGAAGGAACAUGUAAAAAUAUUGUUUCUCUAGUUAAAAUAUAUAAAUGCUCAUAGCCUGUCUGAUUAAGAUCAGUUUGAAGAAAUACUGCUCAGAACUGAAAUGUCCAGGACAAGGUUGUAAAUUGUAUUUACAAUUGUGUACAGGCUUUGAAGAGAGAAUAUGUAGAGAGAAUAUAUAUAAAGUUUGGAUGUUUAUUUUACAUGUAAAGCAUUUUAUUAAUAAUAUUAAUUCUCAAUGAUAAAAAAUAGAGAAAAAGUCAGAUCUUAUUUACUUGUACAUAUCAGGUAUGCUGUACUUUGGUUUAAAAACUUACAUUUGGUGAAAAGCACACUAAAUAUUCAGUAGUGAUGAUCUGUGACCUGACUGUUUCUGUAACUCUUUUUAAAUCUUCCUAACAUGAAAGUGCUAGGACCACUGUGAUUGGAGGAGUGGGUAUUGUAAUAUUCUCAAAGAAAUUACUUUUACAUUUAGCAAUAAUGCAUGAUUCAAUUUGAGUUAGUACAGCCCAUUUGGGUUGCUUGGUUCCACUAUGGCAUCUAUAAUGACUCAUACUGUUGCACUGUAAUAUAUAACACACAUGGCGCAUCUAAUAUAUAUAAAAAAGUUUUUUGAAUUCUUAAAUGUAUUAUAUUUAAUAUGUGACUAAAGAACUCUUUAUUUUACUGAAUAUGGUCAGAUAAUUGUCUUUGAAUGCAACAUUAUAUAAAAUAAAUAAAUGGA